AGAGCUUUUGUCGGUUGCGCUCCGAGCUCCGUGACAUCAGUCACAAUCCCCAUCGUGCUCCAGUCACAUCCGUGAAGCAUUUUUCAACGCGCUCGCGAACGAAUUGUCGACCUUCUCCGCUAGAUGUCGCUUCGUGGGCCGCAGACACGCGGCAGUUGCACGGUGGCACCACGUUGGAAGUGAAUCCACGUUUGAAAACGGCUGGAGGGAGCAUACCACGACGAAGUCAGAUUCUCGAGAGAGAGUUCUUGCCGGGUGCGGCACUCCGGGCGAAGUCCCCAGCUCAUCACCACGAGCCGGACUGCUAGGAAUUCGUUCUUGAAUGAAAGUUAAGUGAGGCGUGUCCGUGCUUCGUUUGAAGAUGGGGCAAACCACUUCCAGCAUUCCUAAGACUAGUCUUCCUGAUGGGGACGGGUCACAGCCGAGCGGAAGCAAAGUCCAGCGCGAGAAAGGACCCGAGCACGAAGCAAAAGCGCCGAUCGCAGACCACACCCAUCGGGACUUGCGCCGCUUCUACAAGGUGACGCUCGCGGAGGUGUUCGGGCAGCGGGAGCGAGAGCAGCGGAUGCCCGACGGGAGCGACUGCCUGCGGUGCCUGCUGGCGAAGCGAGGCUCCGCGUUCAUCACGGGCCGCUCCGUCUGCACGGCCACAUUGCCGGUGCCGGAAGGGCACACCACCGUCUGCGAAGACGAUUUGGACGCUUCCGGGAACGGACACACCCUGCAGGAGCUUCCGGACUCAGUGUGGGGGUUUGCGGAGACGAUGGCGCUGUCCACGGCGGUCGGCGCCACCGUGGACGCGCGGAUCAACCUGGCGAACGACCCGCCGGCCGCGCGGGUCGUCGGGAGGCGAAUGGACCGGGAGCCGCCGCUGCGCGCGACGGCGCACCGCUGCGUGGCGAUCCCGCGCCCCGAGCAGGUGAUGCGCGUGGGGGUGAGGUACCGCCUCCGGGGCGACGGGCUCCGGGAGGCCCAGCAGCGACACGCCGUCGUGUACGCGGCGCCCGGCUUCGGCAAGACCACGCUGCAGCACCGCCUGGCCGGCCGGGGCGUCGUCGUGGCCGACACCGACGACGUGCCCGCCGCCACCAGGCAGCACGUGAGGCAGCUGCUGGAGUGGACGUCGGUGCUGACGAACCGGCUGGACCUGCUCGACCCCGAGUUCCCGACGGUCGCCUUCGUCCCGGCCGACGCUCGAGUGUUGGGCAGACGAGGGGUCGUCCAGCAACUGACCGACGAGGACCUGGACUAUUGGUGCGACUUGCACCUCUUUCCGAACCAUCGGAGGAUUGUGAAGUUCGUCGUGGUUCGCAGCUGUCUCACCGAUUGGAUGUGCGUUGACAAAUGGCCGAAACCUCCCGACUGUCGAAUUGGAGCUGCGUUCGAAGAGGAAUUUCUCCAGAAGAUCAGGGACUUGGGAGGGAUGACUCAGUGACCUCGACUUGAGUCUUCGAGUGGGAGCAGCAGGCAAGAGAAUGGCAUGCUGGUGGACUGUGAAAUCACUGUCCUCUAUUACUCUAUUUCCUCUUUGUAGGAUGCAAAAGCUCCUUUUUGGGGACGAAAUCCUUAUGUCAGAUAGAUUUCCAUGGUGUGCUUUUAAGUUCGACAAACUAUUCAUUUUUGUUUUGAAUCUAAACAUUUUUUUUUUUUGUGGAAAAACAAUGAAAACAUGGAAUUGAAUUAUUUGUAAGUAUAAAAUACAAAUAUAUACAAUAGUAAACUGAUUUUGUAAGUUCAAAAUGGCAUUUUAAUUUAAUAUACUAUGUGUUUGAAUUAUAUAUGCGCUAAAUACCAUCACACAUAAUCCAUCACAUUAGAUCAUCCACAAUACUAUCUACAUGAUCUUAUUUGCAUGGCCACACUCAGAGCUCAUCUGAGAUGACGCAUGGAAGUAAAAUUAAAUUAUUUACGAUUAAUAAGAAAGUGAAUUAUAAUAAUGAACAGAUCUAAAAUUAUACAUCAGUAUAAAAAUUUGUUUCUGAUUUGAUUUAUUUUGUCAAAGACUAGUCAAAACUAAAUGUUACGUAUGGGGUAGAAGUACCAUCUGCGCAUGUUUUCUUGGGCUCCAGAAUAUAUUCCCCGUCUUUUAACCAUAACUUGUUGAAUGAUGAAUAAAAGUUGCAACAAAGCGGGGAUAGCAACAGUUUCACUCCCGAGUCAUAGAAGACUUGUUUGCAUCGGGUAAACAACAGAAAUAUUUUUUAUUAUUGCUAACAAAAUAGUAACACGUAUCCCCCACUCUAUUCAUACCACAACUAGCGAAAGGACAGCUAAACAAAACGGAAAGUGAAACUACAUUU